GGACUCGAGCCUACGUAUCGGUCUCUAUGUAUUAUUGCAGAGGAUCUUGAUCCGUAGCUCGGUUCACACACGCAUAGGGCUGCCUCCAAAUGCCCUCCUAUUUAUAUAUCUAUAAGAUUUAGUGUGCCUACAAAGCCACACACCUUUGUUCUCUGAUAUUUUCUUGAUCAUUCCCAAAACACAUCGUUAAGUAGCUAGGCCGUGUAGUGAUCAGCACUGGUAGUGGUUGGUGCUGCACAAGGCUACAACAAUCUAGAGGAGAACUAAGGUAAUAACAAGUUUUGUCCUCUCAGCAGGUCGAUUUACGUCCUCCCCAUGGCGGCGGAAAUGGUGGGAAUGUUGGGUUCAGCCUUAGCUCAGGAGGGCGUGAACGGAGUGUCAUCGUACAUAGCAAGCAAGCUUGAGGAUAACGCGUCCAGAGCACACAUCAUGGCGAGGCUCGAGAUGGCACUGUCGCAGUUGGAGUUUGCUCUCGAGAGGACCGGGAAGCUGCCAAUCACAUACAUCUCGCUGCUUCGUCGCAUGAAGAUGUUCAAGAGUGCGUACAUCGAGGGCACAGACCUGCUCAACAAGCACAAGCUGCUAGUUGUACAAGACAGGCAGCAAGAAGCGGGACAAGCGGUAACGCGCUACCCCUUCCUUGAACGGAUUUGUCGUGCUAAAAAUCUGCCCAUCUCAUCUCUCCUUGGCUUGAACAAGGAUUACUUGAGUGCUUCUGUUGUCCAAAUAUUUGAAUGGUACGCAACUUGUGCUGACAAGUUUGUAACCGACGUGGAGUCCGGCUGCCCACUCCGCCGCGACACCUUUCGCUACCCCCUUGUCCGGCGACUUCUUGAAGGGAAAACUCUCCAGUAUGAAACGGUGAAUGCAAGGCAACUGCACAGUUUUUUCAUAUGGCCUGUGCGUCUAGAAGAGCGUGGCGUAGAGGCACGGCUGGUAUAUGAAUAUUUGGAGAGGGACAGUCCAGAAAAACGAUUUCGUCUACGUUUGAUGCUACGAAUCUCGGAAGACACCGACAUAGUAGGGGUUGCGAUCAAAUGCCUGCGGUCAUUGACCUCUCAGUUCAAGCUUGUGACUGAAUCCGCAGUAGGAGUGCUCACUCUACUGCCUCAGUUGCAAGACAUUUCCGACUCCUAUGCUCCUCCAUUAGAUUGGAGUGAAGAAUCAUACGCUGACCGUACAAAGUUAUGGCGCCCAGAUCCACUAUGUUGCGCUGGCAACGCUGUUCCGUCACAUGGAGUUCCAGAGCCAGUUAUUGCUAUCGGUUUUUGUUGCUAUAUUUCAGCGCCAGACUACAUCUUGCAUAGCUCAACUGAUUCAGUGGGCACAAACGCACCACCUCUGUAUCUGGUGGCUGGCUUCGUGCCUCAUCAUAUCUGUGCAGCUCCGGGGAUCGUACUUAGCUACGGAGGCAAAGAAGAACGUGUAGGUGGUAGCAUACAACAAAUGGGGGAGAUGUUAAGAUCAAAGGCGAUCGAUUGUGUCGUUCGUCAGCCAGAGCCGACGGUCUACGAUUUGUCUCGGCACUCUCCGCAUGGUUUUGCACGCAUUACUUUGCGCAAGGCAGGCGACGAGCUAGCAUGGCCGAAACCAACGGCAGCUCCAGCACGCGGCCGGAGCGCUGCCAAGAGAAAGCGAUACAAGUUUGUUUAGAUACAAGGUCGUUUGUGCAGGUACAAGGCCCUCUCAUCCGAUAUAUGCGACUAUUUAUAAUUUGUCACCAACCAGUGUAUUGGAUAUGGGGUUGUGUUCUUCCCCUGGCAAGGUUGCUGCUACAUGUGAAUUAGCCAGUGUGGUGUCCGUCCGGUGUUUGCGUCAUUAAGAUGGCAUUUAUCUGUAUGGUGUUUCUCUGGCUGUGUUCAAUGGAACCAGCAGAGAGCUGCAAUUAUUUGAGAAAUAAAAUUAUUUUUCUGUGUUUA